AUGAGAGUGAUAUUAUAUUUAUGUAUUAUCAUUUUUACUUUUUCAUAUAGUGUAAAAUCGAUCACACCUCAAUAUGGUGUUGCUCCAGAAGAAUUGGAAUUUUAUAAAGAAAAUAAAGUUUUUAAUUGUUUAAGAUCAAAUAAAGAAAUUCCAUUUUCUCAAGUUAAUGAUGAUUAUUGUGAUUGUCCAGAUGGUACUGAUGAACCAGGUACUGCAGCAUGUUCAAAUGGUCAUUUUUGGUGCACAAACAAAGGUCAUAAAGGAGCAUAUAUUCCAUCAUCCUAUGUAAAUGAUGGUGUUUGUGAUUGUUGUGAUGGAUCAGAUGAAUAUAAAUCAUCAAUUAAAUGUGAAAAUAAAUGUAAUGAGUUAGGUGAAGCAACAAGAAAGAAACAUAAUGAAGAAGUUGAAAGAUAUACAAAUGGUUUAAAGAAGAAAAAAGAAAUGGAAGAAGAAGGCUCAAGAAUUAUUAAGGAGAAAUUUGUAACUUUAGAAACAUUAAAAAAAGAAAUUGAUCCAAUUAAAUCUGAAAUUAAAGAAUUGGAGGUUUUAGUUGAAAGAAAGAGAUCAGAAAAAGAUGAUGAGGAAAAAAGAUUAAAAGAUGCAAAAGAUGCAGAAAAACAAAAAGAUACUCAAAAAGAAGAAGCAACCCCAACCCCAACUAAUACUGAAGAAACUGUUGAAGGUGAAGCCAAAGUUGGCAAUGAUGAUAGCAAUAAUAAUAAUAACGACAACGAUGAAGAUUUAAAACCAACUGUUGAAGAAAAAUUAACCUCUGAACUUUUAGAAACUGUUUCAAAAGGUAAAGAUAAUGAAAACAAUAACAAUCACAACAAUAAUAAUAACAACAAUAACAACAUAAACACCAUCAGAAAAGACAAUGAUAAUUCAGAAAAUAAAUCUAUAUUGGAUUCUUUUUAUAAACUUAUUGUUCCAUUUUUACCAAAUAGUUUUGUUUCAUUUAAAGAUAUGGGUAAUCUUGAAGGAUUAGAAAAUGAAUUAUCAAAUAAAAAGAGUAGUUUAAAACAAAAACAAGAUGAAAUUGAAAAGAUUGAAAAAGUUUUAGGUUAUGAUACAGGUGUCAAUAAUGUUUUCCUUCCAUUAAAUGGUAAAUGCUUUGAUUUCAAAACCAAAGAAUAUACCUACACUGUAUGUCCAUUCGACAAAGCUUCACAAGGUCACACAAGCUUAGGUAAAUUCGAAAGUUGGAAAGAUGGUCAUAAUCAAAUGGUAUUUGAAAAUGGUCAACAAUGUUGGGGUGGUCCAAAACGUUCAAUUAAAGUAUUCAUGGAAUGUGGCUCUGAAAAUGAAUUAUACGAUGUCAACGAACCUGGUAAAUGUGAAUAUACCAUCAAAUUUAGAACUCCAGCAAUGUGCACUGAAGAGCAUUUAAAAGUACUUAAACUUGAAUCAGACCAUGGUUUAUAA